GGGCAUUGCUGUCCUGGCCAUGCCGUGGGUUGGUUUCGUUUCUGCGCUUGGUGUUUGUCAGGCCAGGGGUGAGCCAGCGUGAGCAGUGUGCUUGCAAAGGCAUAGCAAAGCUGCCACGAGCGUCUUUCAUGUUGUGAGGGGCCCAAAAAGGAACACAGGAUUGGAGGUGUGGCUUCACCAGUGCUGAGUACAGGGGGACAGUAACUACCCUGGUCCUGCUGGCCGCACCAUUGCUGAUCCAGGCCAGAAUGCCAUUGGCCUUCUUGGCCACCUGGGAUCAUACUGGGCUACUGUUGACCAGCACCCCUAGGGCCUUUUCUGGUGUGAUCCAAGUGCAGAACCCAGCACUUUGCCUUGUUGAACCUCACUCAUUUGGCUUCAGUGAAAUCCAGCUUGUGCAGGCGCCUCUGCAGAGCCUUCCUGCCCUCCAGCAGAUCAUUCCCAUCCAGCUUGGUGUCACCUGCCAGCUGAAUGAGGGUGCACUUAAUCUAGGUCAUGUCAGUGGACAUGAAAUUGGUCUGGCCCCAGCACUGAUUGCUGGGGAACAUCACUUAAGACCAGCUACCAGCUGGAUAUAACUCCAUUUAGCACCACUCUCUCGGGAUCCAUCCAUCCAUCCAGUUUUUUAUGCAAUAAACAGUGCACCCAUCCAAGCCAUGAGCAGCCAGUUCCUCCAGGAGAAUGCUGUGAGAAAUGCUGUCCCAAAGCUUUACUAACGUGCAGGCAGACGGCAUCCACAGCCUUUGCCUCAUACGCUGGUCAGAGAAGGAGAUCAGGGCAAACUGAAACAUGACUGACACAGAUGAGUCCCAGGCUUCUGGCUCUGAUUACCCUGAUGCACAGGAGCUGAUCAGCCACCAGCAGGAGGAGCCAUCCGAGGUGUGCUCAUGGCAAAGGAAAACAGGGACAGAGCGGUCAAGGCAGAAGGCAGCUGCUCCUGGGGAGUCUGCAGAUCAUCCCAACGGCGUGUCUAAAUCAUCAGCUGCUUCAGCUGAGGUUUUACUGAUCAGCAGUGAUUCAGAAAGUGAUGUCUCUGCUGCUCGUCCUGAGUGCUCCGUUGCACCUUCCAAGCAGAAAAGGCGAUCUCAAUCUUCAAGGCAACAAGCUGACUCUGGUACAGAAGUACCUGACAAUGAAAGCUCCUCAGAUUCUUCCCUGUCUCCCCAAAGUCCAGGGAAAUCAUUAGAAGUUCCCAAGCAGCAAAAGUCUAAAUUCAAUUUGAAGGCCAUUUUUGCCUAUCACUUCAGGGGAAGGAAGUUCAAAGCCGCCGCACACCGAAAAUACAAAAUACAGGCAUGGAAGAGCAAGAAGAAAAAGUAUGAGAGCACCCAGAUGCCCACAGGGAGGCCCCCACUGACAGCCUCACCUCAGGAGCAAAAGAGGAGGCUUCAAGACAGGGGUUUUCAAUUCCCUUUUGUUGAAAAACAUUAUGGGGAGAAGCAUAUUCCCUUAAAGAUGGUUCUUGGCUAUGAGCAAGCAGCUGCAAAGGGGUAUUUCAAGUAUAUUGAAGUGCUUAAAUAUGAAGAACAUCUUAAGAAAGCUUUAAAAGCCCUUCAGGCCAGUGAUGACUUAGAAAAGGAGUGUAUGGUGUUACGGAAGCACAAGUACUUAGAUGAUGAAGGCCCCAUUUCUCCUAUUCAGGAGACAGAUGAUGAUGAGGACAGCUUGAAUUCUGAUACCCAGGAACACCUUGAUGCCAGAGUAGUGGAGAACAGCUCUUUCAUUCUAAGCAGCACAAUUCCCCAAAAAAAAAAGCCAAAGCCACGAAGAAAACAUGCCAAACCACCUGAAGUGAUUGAAAUAAUGGAUGAAGAAGAGGGUGCUGAAGAGAACUCUGUGCCUCUGCAAGGCCCACCUUGGUGAACAGCAGAUGGACCAAUGUGGUGGCAGUGGUCGUUCCACAGAUACCUUUUCAUGGGCCUGUUUGGUUUAAAGCAUUGGUCUGGAGUCAGUGUUCAGCUCUCCACUCAGCUGCCCAGGCACAUUUGACUUACUUUUAUGUUGUUUUGGAAGAUAAAAUACCUCUUGGUUUUCUUGCUGCAUAAGGAUGGGAGCAGACCCCUCACUUGGCCAUGGCUGUAGGCAGAGAGCUGCACUAGGAGGCACAUCAGGUUGGCACAGUGUACGUUGUUCUGAGGAUGUUGUGGCUCUGAGCUCCUCACCACAAUUGCCUUGGUUCAAGCUACCUGUCUCUGGGACUGGGAAGUGUGGUGACUGUCAGCCUCUGCUGCUGCUCACAGUAAGUAUGCAGUCGGUUGGGAAGUAGCUUCAAAUGCUGUUUCAAAAAUAGUAAAAAAAAUAAAUGUGUUCAGUCCGUUCCAGCACUUGAUCAGGUUUUGUCUUGUGCUGUAGACAAAAAACCUGGAACCUAGUGCUUAGAAAAAACCCUUCUUUUGCAACCCACAGCUGAUGAAUGUAUUAGUUGUGUUACUUAUAUGAAGGGACAAUAUUUGCAUGGCCUCAAAUAGCAUUAAUUCAUUCAAAUACUGAUCAUUCUAGAGUUUAUUGUUGUGAAUUUUCAGAAGUGUAGUUUGGUUGUAUCUUUCUUUGCAGAUGAGCACACUCACUGAAGCAGCAGUUGUAACUAUGUGGGGAUCUCCUGAGUUCUUAUGGCUGUUUGCUGACCUGAUUCACAAAUCCUUUACUCCAGUGGACAUCUGUGCAGCAUGGUAGCAAAAAAAGGUGAGCUUUGUGUUUCUUCUGAACUUCAGCAUAAGACCACUGGGUUUCUACAGUUUAGUGCUAUUCCCACAGCAAGUAAUCAGACUAAUUUGUGCACUGUAUGGUAUCUGCACCCAGCAGUGUUUUCCUGAUGAGGUGUUCAAAAAGCAGUGCUACAGUAUUUCAACAGCUGGCAUCGUUGGUUUUCAUGCAGAUGUGCUGGUUAAACUUGGUAUUUCUGUUGAAACAAGUAGAUUUGGUGUUUAUUAGUGGGAAGAUUUUCAAAUACAACAUCAAAAAACUGUUAAACUGUUACAGGAUAAAGUAUAGUUAAACUAAUGACAUUGUUCCAAAAUAUUUUUUCUUAAAAGGGCAUUCCUGUGAUGUGUGGAACAUAUUGGAAAGCCUCUACUCAGAUGAAGUGCACCUGAUGUCCAGUCUGAACUAGCAUCUUGGUGCUUAGGGAAAGUGAAGAAGAAAGAAAUGCAGGCUGCCAUUUCACAGAGUCUGAAGCUGCUUCAAGGCUGCAUGGCAGUUCUGUGGAGAGUACCUCUUACUGCCUGACACCCUCUGGUGCAUGCAAGAAGCUCAAAUGUAAAAUGAGCUGUGGUGGUUGAAGGUCUGUGCACCCAGCAGCCUCCUCCUGGUGGGCAGAUGGUCAAAAAGCAGUGCAGCAUUUGGCAUCCUUGGUUUCCAGUCUGCUGUGCCUGUUAAACCAGGUGCUUGAGGAUACAGAAUGAAGUGAAUUGAAUUGCCCUGAGUUAAAAAGAUGGAAGCAAUUUGUUUGACAGGGUCUGCCACCAAGUUGUUGCCUGUCAGAGGGAUGAGAAACACCAUGUGGGAGCUAGCAAAGAGAGUGUGAAGAUCCUGCUGAUGUUGAUGCAAGCCUGCUCCAAAGAACUGCACAGCUGUUCCAGACAAAGAAAGAACCAUCCCUAGAGAGUUUAUUGCAGUUUUUUGAAUUAAACAUUCAUUUUAACUUGC